AUGGUUAGGUUGACGAUGAAACCGCACUUCAAUAGCUCUUCUCUUUUUAUAAAGCUACAAUUGACCGGUUCUCAUACAACCUUCGAAUUCGUUAAUUUUUACCGGGAAAAAUUCAUUAUCCCCUUUUAUUUUUUACCCUAUACCACCCAUCUCUGCCAGCCGCUAGAUGAGCAUCUACAGAAGAGCGUACAAAGGCAUAUUCAACGAAGUAUAGAUGCAAAUACGCUUUUAUAUCAAGAGGUUGAAUUAUUGAAGGCCUCUUUAAAGAAGGCUCAGUCCUACAAAUCAACUACAUAUACGCCAAAAAAUGGGAAAUCGCUUCUUAGGACCAAAGGCAAUGUCCUAUCACCUAUAUGCGCGAAUAGGAUGAUGGUAAAAAGACAGGAUGCCAAUGCUAGGAAGUUGAAGCGGCUACAGGCAAAGCAUGCUAAGGAAUUGGAAGCCCAACAACGGGCCCAAGAAGCAAGGGAUUUAUUAGAGACUAAGCAUAAAGCUUCAAUGGCGGCAAGAGAUAGUAAUGGUGGAAAU